CCCGGAAGUGGAGCCCCGGGCUGGGGGCGUCUCCGACCUUUGCGCAGCGACGGCGGCGGCGGGAGCCGGGAGCCAGAUGCGGUCGAGCGACGCCGGAGAUGGCUUCGGCUGGAGGCGGCGACUGCGAGGGCGCCGGGCCCGAGGCGGACCGCCCUCACCAGCGGCCCUUCUUGAUCGGCGUGAGCGGCGGCACCGCGAGCGGCAAGGCGGGGCUCCUGUUUGUGUUUCCCAGUCCACCGUGUGUGAGAAGAUCAUGGAGCUGCUGGGACAGAAGGAAGUGGACCACCGGCAGCGCAAGCUGGUCAUCUUGAGCCAGGACAGGUUCUAUAAGGUCCUGACCGCGGAGCAGAAGGCCAAGGCCUUGAAGGGACAGUACAACUUCGACCACCCAGAUGCUUUUGAUAACGAUUUGAUGCACAGGACUCUGAAAAACAUUGUGGAGGGCAAAACAGUGGAGGUCCCCACCUAUGAUUUUGUGACCCACUCAAGGCUCGCAGAGACCACGGUGGUCUACCCUGCAGACGUGGUCCUGUUCGAGGGCAUCCUUGUCUUCUACAGUCAGGAGAUCCGGGACAUGUUCCACCUGCGCCUCUUCGUGGACACCGACUCCGACGUCAGGCUGUCUCGGAGAGUUCUCCGGGACGUGCAGCGGGGCCGGGACCUGGAGCAGAUCCUGACGCAGUACACCACCUUUGUCAAGCCAGCCUUCGAGGAGUUCUGCCUGCCGACAAAGAAGUACGCAGACGUGAUCAUCCCUCGAGGGGUUGACAACAUGGUGGCCAUCAACCUCAUCGUGCAGCACAUCCAGGACAUCCUCAACGGCGACAUCUGCAAGUGGCAUCGCACGGGGGCCAACGGGCGCAGCCACAAGAGGACGUUCCCGGAGCCGGGGGAGCACCCCGCAGUGCUGGCCUCGGGCAAGCGCUCGCACCUGGAGUCCAGCAGCAGGCCCCACUGAGGAGCGGGCUGCUCGGCGCCCGGCGGGCCCAGAGAGGACACACGGCCAGGAUGGGGCGCUGUCGGGGUCCAGGUUAACUUGGGAGACCUGGACGAGUCGUCCAGACCGUGUGACAGGUUCUCUGCCGGCGGCCCUGACCUCCUCCCCCGCUUCCUCAUGUCACGGGGGCUGGAAGGGCUCUUCGGUGCUGAGAAUGGCCACAGAAUGUGUGGUACGCGAGGCCCAUGUUUGGGGGAACGAUGAAGAAACAGCCCGGUCACCGUGAUUUUGACGGUGAACCCCUGGCGACAGAGACUAGCAUGACCUGGUUCACGCACGUGUAACUGGAACACAAGUUUGAAGAGAUAAGCCUCUUCCGUUUUACUUGUUACACAACCACACGUUUUCUGUUUACUCUGGUUUCCUAACACCAUGCUCGCUGUGACCUAGUAACCCAACUUCACGACCCACUGGCGGGUCAUGAUCCUGGUACACACUGAUCUGGUACGCAAGGAGCCACGGAGAGGCGUCCCUCCUUCUGGCCUGUGCUCUGAAGGCAGAGCCAGGAGGGAGCCCUGGGGAGCAAGCUUUUCCUUAACCAGCACCACACACAUAGCCGGGGUCCCCUGGCCCAGCCCAGCCCAGCCCUGCCCGCCUGCUUUCCUGAGAGCACAGCGUCUGGCUCGGCACCCCAGAGCCCGGGAUGCCAUCUGGACAGGCCCUUCCUAGUGUCGCCCAUGGCCAAGGCGUGUGUGGAUUGGGGAGGCGGCCCACAGUGGCCAGUCCCUUGUGCUUGCCCAGUGACCUUACCUCCCAGACACUGGUGGUCUUGUCCUGGUUGUCCCCCCUCCAUGUGGCAGCUGUUCCUGUAAGUGGUCCCUCCCCGUUGCCGCCAGCUGUCGAGUGCUAACUAGUUACACAGGGACGUCAGGUGAGCUUGGCUGAGCUCGAGGGCUGGUUUUUGAUGACUGUGAUGGUUUUGUCAAGUUUACUGUUCUUUUUGGAGAGAGAACCAAUAAAUAACACCAAAUGUGAA